AUGUUUAGAUCCAUGAGUACUCGGAGAGGUCCUGGGAGGUAUGAGAGAUUAGGCAAAGAAUCAGUUACCACUGCACUUUUGAAUGAGGGGUUCAAGAGGAGCACAAGUUUGCCUUCUUGGAGACCCAAUUCUUCAAGAAAAGUGGCUUUAGGUUCCACCUUUGGGGACUUCAAUCUUCAGAGAAACCCCACAAUAAAGGGGAAUAACAGUGAGAAGAAGAGUCACCCACUCCUAAGCUUCUUGGCUCUUCGUAAGAAAAAGAAAACAACGGCAAGGCCCGAAUUUGCAAGGUAUCUUGAAUAUCUCAAGGAAGGAGGCAUGUGGGAUUUGAAGUCCAAUAAACCUGUGAUGCAUUACGUAUGA